GAGAGCUGUGAUUGGUCACAGCUUGUCACAUGGUACAAGGCUGUUGUGAAUAUCCCUGUACCAUGUGACCUCUGUGAUCAUUCACAGAUUUCACACGUAGUAAGCAAUGAUGUCAGGAAGUGACAUCUUGCUUGCUACUAUUCAUGUGAUCACUGAUUGGCCAAUCAGGGAUCACAUGAAUCAGGACUUCACACAGAGGUCCCGUACACAGAGCAUUGCUCCCAUCCGGGAGAGGUUCCGGACACAGCGGGCACCGAAUCGCGGUACCGUGCGGUCCCAGGGAGCACGCACAGGCAGUUAAUGAGGGGGGCCGUUUAAAA